UCAGCAUCAAAACCAACCCUUCCCUCAUAUCAUACCCUCCCGUUGAGAAAAAGAGACCGCAGACAGCGAUAUAAGAGCUUCGCGUGCCUCUGCAAUUCCAUUUCUUCAGGAACAAUUCAUUGCCCGCCCCGGUAUAUCGAUUCUGCCGUCAAUUUCACAAGCCACCCAUCUUAUUGUUGUGAAUCUAGUCUCCCCAGUACGAAUUUAUUGAUCCAAUUUGGAGGCGAAAGUGAGCUCUCCCGGAACAAACGAUGGAGGUGAAGGUCGUACAGAGGCCGCAAAUCUCGAUGUGGAUCGAGAUGGACAAGAUCGGGAGGAAACCGAGUGGUUCGCUUCGGUUUGAUCCUCAUAGAGCAAGGGGCCAGCAAAGGGUUCAGGUGCUGAUAUCUGCCCGUCUGCAGCCAGCUAGAGUCUCUAAUAAGCAAAGGGCAAGUGCUCUGGAGGCCUCUUAUAAUUCUUACAAGAAUUUCCCAGCUUCAAUAUUGGAAUCCGAAAGUAUUAAUGGUCCCUAUGAUGAAUCUGUAAUUCUGAAGAAUAAAUCUCAAGAGAUUGAACCAUAUUUAAGUGGGCGCUGUAUAUAUCUUGUUGGUAUGAUGGGCUCCGGAAAAACUACGGUGGGCAAGGUCCUAUCGCAAGUGCUCGGAUACUCUUUCUGCGACAGUGACUCAUUGAUAGAAGAGGAAGUAAAUGGAACUCCUGUGUCUGAUAUCUUCCAGCUUUAUGGAGAAGGCUUCUUCAGGGACAAGGAGACUGAAAUAUUGCGGAAGCUUUCGAUAAUGCACCGAAUCGUUGUCUCUACUGGCGGUGGCGCAGUCAUGCGGCCAAUCAAUUGGAAACACAUGCAGAAUGGAAUUAGUGUCUGGUUGGAUGUCCCAUUAGAAGCAUUGGCGCAGAGAAUUUCUGCUGUGGGAACUAAAUCUCGUCCCCUUUUGCAUAGCGAUUCCAGUGAUGCCUACAGAAAUACAUACAAGCGACUAUCUAACCUUUUUGAAGAGAGAAGUGAAGCAUAUGCAAAUGCCAAUGCUCGGGUUUCCUUGGAAAAUAUUGCUGUCAAGCUUGGUUACAGGGACGUGUCUACUCUCACACCAACUGCCAUAGCAAUUGAGGCUCUGGAUCAGAUUGAGAACUACUUGAAGGAUGAAGAAGGCAUGUCUUUCGGGACAUUCUAGCUUGAAUUCGGAUCUCGUGUAUACCUUAUUUUUUUUUUUUCCUUUUUCUUUUUUUCUUUUAACAUCGUACUCCCUGUGAUUCUUUGUAAUCUUAAUGAAAGCUUUGCACGUGCCAGCUUCCUAUUUUUAGUGAUGAAUGUGGCACGUGCAGGCAUUGUUAUUAUCCUGGCUAUGUAAAAUCGGGAUGCAAAUCGGUUGAAUUAAAACCGGGGAACAAAAAAAAAAGAGUAAAAAGUAUGUACUGUUUUUCCAUGUUUGCAGUAUUUCCUUUUUACAGUCCUCAGUCGAAGAAGCCAUGUGAUUA